AUUAAAACCAGAAAGAAAUAUUUUGCACAGCAUAUUGAUAAGGGGAUACCAAUCGAAUGGUAUUUUAACAGAGUACGUUGAGCAAACACAAUCACUUCGAACCAAAUAUUUGACGAACGAACAGCAGGAUGAUUACACAAUCACUGUUCGUUGUAGCUUGUCUAGCUAUAUACGUUCGAGCUCAGCAGCCAUGUCUGCACGCUCCUCAAAAUCCACACAGCUUUGCUGCGUCGCCACGUUCGUGUGCCCAUUAUAUCAUAUGCAUGGGUGGCAACGUCAUUGAUAAUCCAGAACAACAAUGUGGACCGGGACAUAAUUUCGAUCCACCAACUCAGACAUGUGGUCAGACUUCUUGUAUGGAAUGUUCACCAUUCGGAAUACAAAAUCUACCACAUCCAGAUGAUUGUUAUCAAUACAUUGAGUGCAUAUUGGGACACAGGCGCAUUGUGACAUGUCCAAAUGGUUUAAUGUUUGAUAGAACCGUAGGACAAUGCAAUGAACCGCAUCUGGUUCAAUGUCCAUAUGAUCCAUUUCCAACGGACCCAUGGCCAACAGAUCCGUGGCCAACAGACCCAUGGCCAACAGAUCCAUGGCCAACGGACCCAUGGCCUACAGAUCCAUGGCCAACGGAUCCUCCAGGUGGCGCAGAACCAGUUUGUAGAGGACAAGUUUUCCAUGCACAUCCCACCGAUUGUACUCGAUUCUUUAUGUGCCUGGAUGAAGUCUUAUGGACUCAUCAAUGUCCGAGUGAUUUACAUUGGAAUCAGCUUAUUAAUGCUUGUGACUUCCCCGAAUACGCUCGUUGUCUCAGUGGUGGAGGUGGAGGAACGACAACUACAGAUCCACCGCUAUUUCCACCGGAUCCAGAAUAUCCAAUAUAUCCCACGGAUCCCCCACUGGAUCCUCCAGAAGAUGAAUAUCAGCCAUGGUCAUUACCAGCCCUUUUACCACCCAGAAAAUAAUUAAUUGAAACCGGGACGUGGUUAGUGUUUCAAAUGGAGCACGCAUAGAACAUAAAACUACAAUUUUACUGAUACAAAUAUUUGCAAUAAGAAAUGGAAGGAUAUGGAACAAUUUUCAAUUUAGGGUGACAACAAUUAUGUAAUCAAAUUCUGUUUUUUUUUAUAAUCGAUUAAAUGGGUGUAAGGUAAGGAUAUAUAAUACUUUUUGUACUCUGCGAAUAAAUCAUAGCUAACGAAUAUUUAA